CCGAGGACCGGGCCUGGAGCGGCGGCAGCAGCAGCGGCACAGACACUGGCAGCGGCACUGGAUCGGAGCGGCAACGCGGCAACGCGGCGACCCCGGCCCUCCGUAAUGGCGACCCCCGGCAAGUGGGAGCUCGUCAACAAGAGAAACAAUAAAAAAAUCUUCACCAAAAAUGAGAAGAAGUUGGCCCGCAAGGCUCUGUCGGAGAACAUGCCUCGCAUCGACCCAGUCGCUCCUUUGAAACCAUCCGAAACCCUCUUUGAACUUGGAUUUGAGAAAAUGGGAAAGAAGCAAAACAAAGAGCAAGUUCCUCCAAUAUCUUCAUCUGAGCAACUGCUGCAGAAACCACCCACUGGGGGAAAGGUGAUCAAGAAACCCUGUGGUGAUUGUGGACCGAAGCACAAGACAUUUCCUUCUUUGGAGACUGCCAUUAAAGCUAUUGAUUUGAAAGAGCUUCAGGAGCAAAUGGAUAAAAGUCAAGACUUGUUUCCUGGGAAUCCAUCUGUCUGGGUGAAGGAUCUGGCUGGAUACUUGAAUUAUAAACUGCAGGCACCAGAGUCAGACCCCACCCUCAGUCAAUUUUCUUAUGAUUAUCCUUAUUCCCUUGCAAGUAAAGAUCUUAAGAAUAUCAUCAAAUCACUGCUGGGAAAAGCAUCCGAAAGCCUGGAGCACUUUUUUGAUCACUGUAUCUACACAAUGUUGCGAGAACAAGAUAAAACAGCAGGUGAAUCUCUGCACGGCUACAGAAUUUGUGUUCAGGCUAUAUUAGCAGAAAAUCCCAAAAUUGCAACCUUGAAUUUAGGAAAGUACCUAGAAAUGUUGAGAUCUCAGUAUAAUAAACCAAUUAAAUGCCUGAGCAUCAUGUGGGCCCUAGGGCAAGCUGGGACAGAUUUGGCUGAAGGAUUGAAAGUAUGGCUGAACAUUAUGCUUCCUGUAUUGGGCAUCAAAACACUCUCUGCCUUUGCAAUCAGCUACUUGGACAGACUGCUAAUGAUGCAUUCUAACUUGUCCAAAGGAUUUGGAACAAUCGGACCAAAAGAUUUUUUCCCAUUGCUGGACUUUGCUUACAUGCCUAAUAACUCGCUUUCAUCCAACUUGCAAGAUCAGUUACGCCAACUUUAUCCUAAACUAAAACUGUUGGCACUUGGAGCCAAACCUGAAUCUGCACUACACACCUACUUUCCCUCCUUUUUAUCCAGAGCAACGCCCAAUUGUCCUCCAGACAUGAAGAAAGAGCUCUUACGAUGCAUGGUUGAAUGUUUGACCACAGAUUCCAACAGCUUCAGUGUUUGGAGACAGCUUUACACCAAACAUCUCCCGCAGUCCAGUCUUCUGCUAAAUCAUCUUUUGGAAACCUGGGACAACAUUCCAGUCAAGGUGCAGAAAUCUCUGCAGGAAACGGUGCGAUCAUUUAAAGUUACAAAUGAAGAACUGUCUGUAAAGGGUGCCUUGAAUUCACAAGAAAUAUCUGCCUGCAACUCUGCAUGUAGUAAUAUCCUGCAGAAGAUGAGAGGCGGUGGAUUUCCCUGGUUUCGUCUGUUACUUGUUCUAAUGACUUUUGCUGCAGGGUUUGUGCUACAUGAUAUUAGAGUACAUGGGUCCUUCAAUGCUUCUUCAUCUGCUCAUAUCCUUCAACAGUCAGGGUUGAUAUCCAUAUCUGAACAGGCUUGGAAUAAAGUGUCUUAUUAUUCCAGACAGGGAUACAGUUGGGUAGAAACAAAUACUCCACAUUAUUAUUCAGAAGCUGUAACGAUGUUUGGACCAAGUCUUGAGCUGGGUUGGAGAAAGUUAUCUGAAUCAGCUGUGUAUAUAAAAGAGAACUUGUCAUAUCAUGUUUCAUGGAUCAUUGAAAAUGUGCCCAAGUUUGCUCAGUGGCUUCACUCUAAUCUUCCGGACACAGUGUUCCACGUUGUAGAAUAUAUCAAGGAAUUACUUCUCUUUGUCCAUCAGAAUUACAUAUUACCAAUUGUGGAAUAUAUGAAAAUAAUGAUAUUGCAUUGGUGGAGACAAUUUGUUAAUUCUUGCGAGGGUGAAAUCAAUUGGGAUUGCAUGAAGAAACACUUUGUGUACACCACACAUGUAACGUGGGGUUAUCUACAGAAUACUACAACCGCUAUCAAAAACUGGGCUGCCGCAGUGAUCGCCAGUUAUUAAACAAGAAGAAUGUUCAUGUUCGUUUCGGAGUAGCAUAAUCACUUUCAGCAUUUUUGAGGAGAUGGAUUGCAUUUUCAGCCGGAGAGAGCAUAAUCAGUUGAACUGAAAGUACAAAUGCCACUUAAUUCCUUCAUUUAUAAAAAUUUAUAACAAAUGCAUGUAUUUUGUAUCCUGUUUUCCCAAAACUCUUCAGUGGUGACUGUCUUCUAUAUUGUAAUUACAAGAUCUUUACAUUAAAUUUUGGAUGAAAAUUCUCAAUACCAAUUAAUAUUUAUUGCUAUAAACAGUUCACACAUUGCAAAAAAAAGAUUUGAUUCGAAAUAGUAGAUUGAAUAUAGUGUUUUAAUGAACAUCCAAUGUUAAACAAGCCAAUUGUACACUUUAAUGGGACAUCUUGCAUAUUAAAGUAAUUGCAUUGUUAACAUCUAAUUUAUCAAUCUUGGUGGUUUGUGUCCAGUUACCACAGUAAGAGGUUGAAGUCAUUCAUGUUGCAUGCAGUCUAUCAAGAGGUUUCAUGUGAAAUAUUGUUUGUAACAGGUAUGAAUGUCCAAGUUCAACAAUACUUAUUAGAAAUAUCAUUCUAACUAGCCCCCGUGAAAUGGGUUGCAAAAUCUGUCAUUUCUACUUUUAUCUCCUACUCAUUAAUAUUUAAAAUUUUACAUGUUAACACAGAAUGUUGUCAUGUUAUCAAAUGGCAUGAAAGUUUUGUUCAGAAUAAGUGACACAAUCGUGGCAAGACAUCAAGGGUCUGAUUCAUCAUCUUUAUAAAGAACAUCAUCAAUUAUAAAGGCACUUGUUCCUAUCUUGUUGCUAUCCAUUGUAAUUGUAAAACAUUUCAGUCCAUUGAAGAUAUGUAAUUCUAAUAUAAUUGUUGUGGCUGCACCUAGUCAAAAUUCUAGAUGAUAAGUGAAAUAGUGUAAUUUGUCUUGGCAUGUUUGUUGCUGUUUCUAACUCUACUUCCAGAUCUGAAAAGAUCCUUACAAAUGAGUUGGAGUUCAGCUAGCGCUUUGUGGGCGCUUCAUUUCAGGAGCCAAUUGCAAAGCUUCAUUUACAAAUACCAUCUCUGCCGCCUCUCUUUCCACCCCCUCCCUCCUCCACACCACAAUCCCCAAUAACAUUUGCAAAUUGCAGGUACAUUAAAUGCUCUCCCAAAGAGUGUGGAUAAAUUGAAAUAGUUAAAUGCUCAGGUCGGGGACAAUGCCUAUAUUUAGUUAAAUAGUGUGGGAGCCAGAAUGAAUCUUUGCGUGAAAAGAGAGCCAAUCUUUGCACUCUGAAUUAUUGUUCCAAAUAAAGUGUUGCAAAUUGGCAGUUAUGACAAUUCUUCUCCUGUCAAUGUCAUUUUCCCAGUCCUAUCAUAUGCACUCGAUGCAAAAUUGCUUGUAAAUAUUGUUUAAAAAUAUAUUUUGCCUACUUCAUCAACUGACUGCAUUUAUUAAUGGCCUUUUGUUUUGCUGUUGAGAUGGAACACUGUUGCCUUGUUCAUACACUAAUUUAUUAAAGUGAAUUUUAACUGGGGGAAAUUCUACAAUGUACAUAUGAACCAGAGUGCUGGUUAGGGUUGGUGAACCUUUAGCUAACUAGUCAUAUGUUAUUUCUUUUUCAGGACAGUGUUGUCUUUAAAUGUAUAUUUCAAUCGUGAAUUAAUUUCUGAUGGAAAAAUAAAUGGUAUUGAACAAGUA